AUGCGUGGGGAGAUCGCUCGCCUGAUGUACGCCUGCGGCGACGUGGCCGAGCCCGAUGUCGAUUCGGUGGACGUCCUCGAGGACAUGACCGUCGAGUUUCUCGCCGAUCUGUGUCGUCCGGCUGGCGCGACACGUUCCAACCCGAAUGUGCCUCGCCGACCUAUUCCUCUCAAGGCUGAGGUCUUGCGCCAUCGACUCGCCUCCCACUCGUACCUCAAGAAGUAUCUCGACCGGUACGACGACAUGAUGUACAUGUCGCAGGAGCUGCAACAGUCGAGGCGCGUGGCCGAGCCCUCAAACGAGGACCUGAUCAAGAGCGUUGGCGAGAAAUUCCUUGGCCUCGACGAGUCGCAGGAGAAGAGCAAGCGGCGCGAGGACAGCGACAAGAAGCGUGGCCGGCCACCGAAGCCUCCCGAAGAGCGCAAGAAGCCUGGUCCCAAGAAGGGCUGGAAGAAGAACUUGGAUCCCGGCGCUGCGCCCAAGAAGCGGCCCAAUGCGCCGAAGAAGAAGGUCAUCCGGCACAGUACGGCGGGCACCGGCUCGGCCGCGCCCAGUCCCACCAAGGCCUCAUAA